CUCGUCCUUCAUUCUUUCGGGUUCUCUGCGCGUUACGGUGUGAACAUACUUGAGAGAUCGCGCGACAAGGCGGUAAUCGGUGGUGCAAUCGUGAAUCUCACAAAACGAAUCGUGUCGACAGCGCAUCGAACAAUGUCUAAUUUAUUCGUGAAAAGAAAAAUAUACGUUCACUUGGAAAGGAUACGAUAAUAAAGAAGAACACCGACUUACUGUCUGGGGGGUGAUUUGACAUUGGUUCGUUCGUUUCAUCGUUUAUUCGUAUUCGGCUGCUCAUCGAUAGCAUCGAAAUAAUGUUUCUGUCCGUGGAAAAAUUUGUGCACUGUGGAGUGUUGUUACUGUUAUGGAUCAAAUCAAGUUAUCAGCAAGAAGAGGAUAUACCUCAUAACGAAGUAAAAAACUGGGCCUUAAAAUUUGGCGUUGAUUUAUGGGAAUUUGGCAAACAAGUUACGAAAAUGAGCGAAAUACAAAGGAAAUAUCACGAUAUGGAAGCACAAGUUGAGAAAAAGGAUGGACUGGUCGUUGUCCGAGACAUAGCCACGGAAGUAAAAAACAUGUUGGACUUUAAAAUGAACGCCGUUAUGAGGUUGGUAGAGAGUGCCGAACAGGCAGCUGUGUCGGCACCGAGAGACGGGAACGUAGUGCCGAAAUAUUAUCCUUCUCAGCGUUUCGACGUUGCUUCAGACGGAAAAAUGUCGGGAACGGGACAAGAACCCUUGCUCUCGACUAAUCGACACUUCGAUCACUUAGCCGUGAACAUUACUUUUUCGGCCGUUUUAUUACCUGCUGGAGUAAAAGAAAUUGAUCGCGAAGUAGCCGCUGGUAUCCAAUGGAGUCAAUAUUUGGAUUUGUUGUUUGUUAAUAAUUAUGAGAGCGAUUCUUCGCUUUCCUGGCAAUAUUACGGAGCGACUUCGGGAUUCUUAAGACGUUUUCCUGCAAUUUCUUGGCCACCCAUCGAGGAACGAAGUUUCAGCGCUGGUAAAAGCGCGAAUCGAGUCGUUCGAGACGUGUACGAUUUCCGAAUUUCUAACUGGUUCGUUGGAGCCGCGAAUAGUCCGAAAGACCUGGCGAUAUUGGUCGAUAUCGACUGCUACGUCUCAGAGAGGAAUAAGCGUUUGGCUGUAACUACCGUUAAAACUAUACUCGAUACAUUGGGUCCUAACGAUUACGUUAACGUUUAUCGUUACGGAGAUACCGCGGAAGAGAUCGUACAAUGCUUCAAAGACAGUUUGGUUCAAGCGUCGCCUGAAAAUGUCCAAGAAUUGAAAAUAGCAACGAAUUCGAUGAAGCACGAGGAAAUGCCAAAAAAUAUAUCGGCUGCUCUUGGGACCGCGUUUGAGAUUCUUCAUAAAUACAACAAAACAGUACAAGGGAGUCAGUGCAAUCAAGCGAUCAUGUUAAUUACUACGGAUAACGCUGGCCUACCUACAGAGGUGAUAAAACGAUACAAUUCGCCUCACAUGCCUGUCCGUAUUUUUACGUAUCUAAUUGGUGGUGACAAAAGUCCGGAAUUACACAACGUAGCAUGCUCGAACAAAGGAUUCUACGCGAGGAUCACUGAACUGGAAGACAUUAGAAGUAAAGUUUUCGAAUAUAUAAAAGUGCUCGCACGGCCUAUGGUGCUCUACCAACACGAACACCCUAUUCAUUGGAGUCCAGCUUACGUUGGCGGAAAGAGCGGUAGAUAUGGUAAAGAACACAUUGGCCAGUUAAUGAUGUCAGUCACCGCGCCUAUCUUAGAUCGCCGGAAUUAUACGAUGAAAACUGCUAACUUAUUGGGUAUCGUCGGCACGGAUGUACCUAUAGAAGAGAUACAGAAGUUGGUUUCACCUUAUAAGUUGGGUGUCAACGCAUAUUCUUUUAUCGUCGACAAUAACGGCCGCGUUUUGUAUCAUCCGGAUUUACGACCAUUGCCAGGAAACGUAGACUACGAGGAAACGUUAAAACCCACGUAUAUCAACGUAGAUUUGUCGGAAGUCGAACUUGCCGAGUACGAUGGACCGUUGCACCCGUUGAACAAUUCCCUUCUGCUCGAUUUGAGGCACGACAUGAUUGAUCAAAAAGAAGGGGAAACUAGUUUCGCGAUCAAAAUUCAUUACGACAAUAUGAGACGAGUUACCAUUAGGCGUCACAAUUAUUUUUAUACACCGAUAGAAGGAACUCCGUUUUCAUUGGGGCUGGCAUUGCCCGAGAACUAUGGUAUGUUUCAAUUGAAGGCCGAACAAGAAAUCAAACGUGCGAUAAUAAACGUAACCGACUAUUUCAAGGGGAACAAUUGGAAGGUGCAUCCCGAUUGGGUGUACUGUGAAUAUAGUUCGGCUUCCGAUAAGUGGUUUCCCACCCCCGAAGAGCGCGUUCUCCAUUUUUUGGCACGAACGCAAAGCCCGGGGUGGAAAUGGAUGUCCUUGAGACCAAGGAGUCCGAGCUCGCAUCACAAACAAGCGAGCAAGCCCGACAAAGAUGCUUAUUAUUGUGAUAAAACAUUAGUGCAGUCCCUCGUGUUGGAUGCGUUGGUCACCGACGGUUUCGACAAAAGAGGUGCGAUGCACAAAGAGGAAAAUCAAAGCCCUAUUGCCAUACUGAUGGCUCUACUGCACAGUCAAGGAAAAGGCACAUUCGGUGUAACAAGGAGUUUCAUCGCAACGAAAAGCGGCCUAUUUCGUUGGCACGAGCAUCAACAAACUGAAGAAAUCACGAACGAACCCCCGUUUGCUGACGAGUAUGCAAGAGCUAUAGAUUCUUCAUGGUAUAAACGCGCCGUCGACCAACACUAUAUAGAACCGGAAAGUUUCGUUUUCAGCGUGCCUUUUGACGCCGCCGACAGCCCCAAUCCACUGGUCACGGCCACUCACGCGGUUUUCAUCGGGACGGGACACAGAGCACCAGCAGCGGUCGUGGGUUUACAGUUUCAACAUUCUUCACUGGCCUCUCGUUUCGUCAACAUUACUUCGACGUGCAGUGGUACGAGCUGCAAGAAGAACUGCGCUUCCGAAGCAUUAGACUGCUACAUCUUAGACAAUAACGGUUUCAUUAUAAUCAGCGAACGACACGAGCAUACCGGGAAAUUCUUCGGCGAAAUCGACGGUACUAUAAUGGAUUCUCUGGUUCAGGACAGGAUUUAUAGGAAAGUAACGGUGACCGAUUACCAGGGCACUUGCAGUCCGCAAGAAUCUCAUCAAUCGGCCGCACCGAGGACUUUCUCCGGAUCCAUCGCGACAACGAUCGCGAUACUGGGAAAUUUUCUGUGGAGCAUGGCGUUCGGCUUUAAUUUUCAAAAUUUAUGGCAAGUUGCUUUCGCGUUCGCUGGCGAAUCCGCGAGGGCACUCGAUGAGGACUCGAUGGGAGACGUUCACGAGUUCGAUCCGUUCGUGAUAAGUAGAGACUCGAUCGACGAAACAACAGAGGGAAACGAAGAAGCGUUCCCAAGGCUUCCGGCAAUUGCCGCCGCAACCCCCGUUUCUCCUGGAACAACGCGUGCUACGUCUGCUCAUUAUCCGCAGAGAAAUUUGAGAUCUUGCGAGAAGAAGACGGAUCUUUAUAUUCUACAACCCGAGAGAUUGAAUACCAGCGGUCAAAGUAAUCCGUUGAAAGGAAAGUUAACCAACUGUCAUGACACCGGUUGCGAAAGGCCGUUCAGCGUACAAAAGAUUCGCCAUACGAAUUUGAUUCUGCUGGUGGUAGACACGUUGUGUCCAUGCGGCAGUAAACAAUUGAGCAUCGAGCCCAUAGAGGCUCUGACGGAGCCUGGUGCUUGUAUCGCGAGAAGAGAACGUUUGUAUCGUCGUAGGCCUCCGAAAUGUAUAAACUACCAUCCGGAGGAGAUGGAGAUCAAGUUUUGUGGUAGCGCGAGUCGUCCUUGUCAUUUCUUUUCCACGUUGGUUAUCGCGAUCGUUUCAAGCACACUCGCCACGCGAUUCGCGUGACUUUGUUCGAAUUGAUCUUACACAUACACACGCACGCACAUCUACACGUACACACACGGACAGAUAGACAGAGAGCGGACAGACGGACAGAGACACACAGAUACUCGUGAAUUAACGUUUUUGAAAUGAAUUUAGCGUUGCCGUUUCUAUGAAACAGUUAUGAAAAUGGUAUACUAGUUUAUCGGUUUAAUACCUAUAUAAUUGAUAAAUACGUGCAUACGAGUGAGCGAACGAGUGCAUGCGUAUGCGCGUUCGUACACGAGUCAGUGGGUGCGCGCAUACGAGCUUCGUGCGUGAGCGCGUGAAAGAACGAGAUACGAGUGUGCGCGCAUAAACUACAUAUAUGUAUAUACGUAUAUGUUGCGUGUGUGCUUAUGCGUGUGUGCGCGCGUGUGUGUGUAUAUAUACAUGUUUACAUACAUACAUACAUACAUGCAUGCAUGCAUGCAUACAUACAUACAUACAUACACACGAUACGUAUACGUAUGAACGUUAAUUUACACGCAUUCACGUACGUGCAUAUGCACUCUAUGUGUACGUAACAAUCACAUACAUACACAUGCUCACGCCUUUGAGGCAAGCGUGCGCACGCGCACAGAGACAUGUACAUAUCCAAAUACAUAAUAUUAAUGUUGAUCUAUGAUUACAUAUCCCAUUAUAAAUUCUGUUGCGAAGAAAUUUGUGAAUAUUUCCUAAUCGUAAUAUUUCGUAAUCGUAUUACGUCGAAUCUAAGUCGUAAUAUAUAAAACAAAUCGAUAAGAAUUACAUGUACUCGCGAUGCGUGUUCGAACAGAGUGGCAACGACAAUAUGCGUAAACAUCUAAGAUCUCGUAAUACAUACAUCCGAUUACAGUCGCGGCAAGAAGCACGAUCGUUUUUUAUCGUUUGGACGAGCCUGCCGUGCCAAACGAGACCUUCUAUUUCUUUAUAUUUCGAUUCGACUAAGACGUAGCGUUACCGUUGUUUCCAUACCUUCCGAGAUCGGUAUAUGCUGGUAUCAGCCGAUAAUCAUUUACACGUGAAGCACACGUGCAACGUGUGCACGAUCCACGCGAGUACAAGCGUGGUCAGUUUUAUAAUUAUUAAUGCUCCGAGCGCGCGUGUUGUUUCGUUCAAGGUGGUAAUAGAAAUUUUAUCGAAACGUUCCUAUUUCACGAACACGCUGUCGUCGUACGAUCGAUAGCGGCAGAUCGAUAUCGAUGUUCGUCGGAAACACCAAAAUUUCCCCUUGAAUUCUCAAUGUAAUUGCCAAAAGCGUCGACCUCGCGUCGUAUCGUGUACGUUACAUAGCGUUAGACUUUGAUAUUACGCUUGCACUUACACUAGAUCGAGUACCGAUCCCUUUUUUCUCUCGUUUCGCCUUUCUUUAAAGUCGCGCGGUUAUUAAACGCAACGCCAACAAGUUGUCGCACAACGUUCCGCGAUUUCAAUUCCAAAUUACCGCUUGUAAUUCUACGUAAACGCGAUAGACUACGUUCGUCCAGAGUGAAGAAACAAGACGAACGCGAAUGGAAUAUUGCGCGAGAAGCUUGGAGCAACGAAGAACCGACUAGGAAGUAAAGUGUCGUAGCACUUUCUUUUUAUUAAAAAUAAGGCAACAUAAAAUGUAACAUAUUUACGAAGAACUAUCAAUUUCAAAUGUACGAAGACAUUAAACGAUACUUACGCGUUGUGUCGGUAAUUCGACGACAAUGUACGUCUGGCCAGAUACUCGUCUAUGUACUUGCGCGAUUCCACACUGGCACGAACACGCGAACGGAAAAGAGAAUUCGUCCGUGUACCAUGCUGCGCGUAUUUGCGUACGUAACGUCUCUUUACCGCGCGCAAGUACGUAUACACGUGUCCGAACAAGAUCACGGUGUGUCGGAAAAAUUGAACGUACGACGUAUCCGUCGUGUAAUAGCCUAACGAAACGUGAAAUGCGAAAUAAAAAAAGGUGAAUUAAAUCGAAUUGAGAGA